AUGAGGAACACAAACAAGGAGCUGCAGGGCGCCACCAGCCGCUAUGCUCCCUGCGACUGGUAUUACCACCUUCCCAUGAAGCGGUCUGAGAAGCCCAUGGGCGCCCCCCCGGCUUCCCAGAUCCCCGGCCUCAGUGACUUGAGUGAGCCUCCCAACGGGCACCUGCCGGGGCCGCGCAAGUACUGGAUCAAGGAAACCGACUCGGAGUAUGUGAAGCUCGCGAAGCGAGGUGGCCGGCCCGAUCUGCUGAAGCACCUGGUGGUGGCCGGGACCAGGAAAGCCUCCCCGGUUGCGUACUCCCUGCCGGACUGGUACAUUCACCACAGCAAGCCGCCCACGGCCGAGCAGAGGCAGGACGACCCGGACAGCAGCCCUGUAUCUUCACCUUGCUUCCGUGCACAGCUCGCCGGAACCACCCACAGCCCGCAGGCCUUUGGCACAGCUAGAGUGCGGCUACCUGCCAUCAACUCCAAGUACCCGAGCAAAGUGGGGACCCCGCUUGGCCCCAAAGAGCCUGCAGGAAGCAGACUGUCCUUCCCUCCCAUGCCUGGGCAAAAAACCAGUUCACCCACCAACUUUUCCAAACUUAUCAGCAAUGGGUACAAAGAUGAGUGGUUGCAGCAACGAGCUGACUCGGACGGGAGGGCCCUGCGGACACCGGGAGCAGCCCCGCCGUCCACAUCUGCGCAAGACCCCGGAGGGCUCCAGGGUGCAGGCCCGAACCCAGACCCGGAGCUGCCCGAGGGCUCCGAGGACGCUCAAGGUAAAGACAAAGAGGCCAAGACCAUAUCAGCUGGUGGCAUCCAGCUGGUGUCCGGGGCCACCUACAAAUGUUCUGGGGGCCACAGUGCGCGACACAGAGGUCAGGUGCAGCGUGGUCAUCGGGCCACGGCUGUGCGCUGCGCCAGAGAUCCUCAGGCACCGAGCUCUCGGGCGCUGGAUGCUUGUGCAGGCCACCUGCAGGGCAGCUCGGCAUCUCCUGGCUUUGCCCAGUUACUAGCGAGCUCCCACAACCCAGAGUCUCAGAAGAAAAUCCAAAUCAGGGACUGGAGAGAUUAA